CAAGUUAAACAACAACAAUACUCGAUCUUUACGGGAUCGAGUCCACAUCAGCAUUUACCCUGUCUCCCUGCAUGACAGCAAGUACGCCUACGACCGUUGGAAUAUGAUUUCCACCUAUAGAAAGAUCCUGUUCGUCCGGAGCCCGUUCGAACGCGUCGUUUCCGCUUACAGAGACAAACUGGAGUUCUUGACUGGAGAGGAACGGUUUGAUUUUCCGACUUAUUUCAAGAAACUGUUGAACGACAGAUUCGGGCAAACACUUGAUGCCGUGGACACAGACAGUAAAGUCACUUUUGAAGCUUUUGUUAAAUUCGUCAUUUCCCAAAAUGAAGAUGCAGAAGAAGACAGGAUAACACUGGACCCUCAUUGGCGAUCUAUUCACACGCUUUGCAAUCCAUGCGACAUUGACUACGACUUCAUAGGUAAAUUCGAGCACCUGACUGAAGACUCCAGGUACCUGUUCAAGUGGCUGAGAAUCGAAGACCUGGUGACCGCUCUGCCGCCACCUGUUCGGUCCGUGAACGCGACGCCUCUUGUCCGCGAAUAUAGAGACCGGCUUUCCUUUCCUCUUAGAUUAGCUUUCUUCCGAAAAUAUAUACUCGAUUAUCUGAGUUUUGACUACCAACUUAACCCCUGACAUGAGAAAGGUAUUUGAGUGUUUGUAGAUAUAUUUUUUCACUGAAACUUUAGCUUGUAUGUCUAUAGUUUUACAUAUACCAAAAAUAAAAUGUGAUAUCCACAGGGAAACCUUAAAUUCCAGCAGAUCAGCUGAAUUCAU